CUCCCAAUAUCUCGCCAAGGCUCCUCCCCGCCGUCAGGAGGGGGUGUCAAUUUCGCCCUUUCUGCAGCGAAGCCGGACGUACAAGCAACAAGAAAGUCUGAGCGCAUCAAGGCCUCACGCGCGUGUGCACCGGAGCAAUGCUGUUCAUGCGCCGGUGGCUGGCUCUCGCCCUUUUGUUUGUGGCCAACGCAGCGUUAAUCAGUGGCUUGGGAACACGCAAAAUUCCUGCCUCGUUCCAAGCCAUCGGACAAUCCUAUACCCUCAGUGAAUGCUCACCCGGGGCCCGCUCCAGUGAGUCUCCAGUAGCGUCGGAAUUCAGAGAGAGCUACCGGGAGGAUGCCAAGACGGGGCAGAGCAGAGCGGCUCUUGUCAUUGACCUCGGGGCCUUGCAGACCGUGCGCUUCCUUGAAGACAGCGCUCUCAACGAGACCGUGCAGAUCAGCGGUAAACAGUGCUCAAGGGUGAAUGCGGAUGCGGUGAACACGUUUAACUUUAACUUACUCAAGGGUCGCCACGGUUCCGUGACGUUACCCAUACGUCAGAUGCUGAGCAUGCCUCCAUCCAAUGAGAGGCCCAUCACUGGAACGUGUAGGGAUCAGCCGUGCAUCACGUGGACUUACCGACAGACUCCCGUCACACGGAAGGACGACGACGGCACAGUGAUAGAGACUCGUGACGUGUACUCGGCCGUGUGGACCGAUUUUACAGAGAAAAAUUCCUGGCAGUCGAUGUCCGCUCAACGAAAUGUUCCUCUGGCUCUCCGAAUGUGUCGCCGGGAAACAGUCACCCGGCCAAGCGAGAACAGCAGCGAAGUCACCGAGCAGUACAACGUCAUGGAGAUAAUGCACUUCACUCACGACUCUGUAAUCGCCGAAGAUCUGGAGUACCCGGACGGAGUGUAUUGCGAAGGAUUUGUCUCUGAGGAGUGGAAACCGGACGCAUCCUCGCUCACUUAUCUGAGCUACUCCGCGGAAGUCACCGUUGACGCGAAGAAUGGCAGGACUGUUGCGCACUCACGCGUUCGCAUGGACACUACAGAGAGACUCUACCGGAUUGAUUUCACUUCGGAGACGUCGAAAAUUAACAAUUUUGCCCUACCAGAUGGCGUGAAAUCUGUGAGCCGCAUUAUUUCUGGAAUUCACGGACUCGUGUUCGACAUUCAGCACCUGAAUAGGGGAAUGACACGGUGCCAGAACAGAACGCUGAGAAGACUGCCCUUCAUGAAGGAGUCCAUAAUAGACUUCCAGGAUGUCCCGAAUAUUUCACCUGCGCUUUUCUUCGGCACAGAUCGGACAAAGUACGUUCUGAAGAAAAAGACACGCAAGCGAGGAAUUCCUUGCAACGUGUGGCAAGGCCUACGCACUGACUGGCCACCAGGAGCGCAUAUCACCACCGUCUGGGAAUGGUGCGUAGGUGAGCAGAAGGAAAAGCAAACGUUCGGCAUGUGGGACUCUCCCCGUCUGCCUCUGGUCAGCUUGGAAAUCUACGGUCACGUCGACGAUUCCCUAAACGCCAGGGAAGGAACGACCGAUUGGGAGAAGCUGACUUAUUCCUUCUACCGAGUUGACAGAGCCAACAAAUGGGUGACGGACCUGCAGGCGUUCGAUGUCACUGACUGCAUGGGAGACAACGUUUAUCCUAUGCAGUUCGAGCUGACGUAUCCUGACGCUAAGUUUGAAGACGUGGUGAGCGUCACCGUCGAGCCGCUAUUUUUGGCGAUGUGCAAAGCGCAGAUAGUGCAAAGUUUGAAAUCGAAACUCGGAAUACUCAGGAUUGGACGACUGCGGGCUGUAUUCGGCGAAGAAAGAAAGCUCUAUAUUCAGUUUUCAUUGCUUGACGGAUUUACUUCCGUUAAGGGCGAGCCUACGCUAGAGCAAAUGAAAGCCUCACUUCGAAAAUACGUGGACGAGAAGACGCUAAAAAUGAAUCUCAAUGCACCCGGAAAAAAGGAGGACAUCGAGUUCACGGCUACGCCACGUACGCUAAGGAGCAUCAGCGACGUAGAUUUUCCGGCUAGCAAGGCUUCAAGCGCUGCCCCGUUUCAGUUUGGCGGUAAUCGGACGAUGCAGAAAGCACCGCCAGCGCUUUAUUACCCAUAUCAAGCACAUGAUCCGUCGGUUCUCCCGAAGAACGAAACCGGUGCCCUAACGAAGACGGCUCGUCUGGUGACUUUCGUGAUGGGGGCUGUUGGACUCUUCAUCGUGGGUGCCUUCGUUGGCGCCAUAUCGCUGCGCCUCCAGCGCAUUGUGCGGUAGAAAUAUAAAUAAAGAAAUUGUAAAUUGCAAUAUAUGCCUUAGGGUAAUUAAUUAAAAACUUAA